AUGGCGAUUGUUCCAUUAGAAGACAUCAUGGUGCAUAGCAGUGAAAUACGACGUACAGUACCAUGCAGAUAUGAUGAUGUUUCAGAAACAAACUUGAGGUCCUAUAGUGUUCAUUCUGCUAAACAUGUGCAAGAGAAUCGUCCUGUGCCCAUUCGCAGAAAAAGAAGCAUUGAGGAGGCCAUCCCGGCUGUCUGCAAGACACGGACGGUCAUCUACGAGAUACCUCGGAGUCAGAUCGAUCCCACCUCGGCCAACUUCCUGAUAUGGCCGCCCUGCGUGGAGGUGAAGCGCUGCACUGGCUGCUGCAACACCAGCAGUGUGAAAUGCCAGCCGUCCCGGAUACACCACAGAAGUGUCAAGGUGGCAAAAGUGGAAUAUGUUAGAAAAAAGCCAAAAUUAAAAGAAGUUCUGGUGAGAUUAGAAGAGCAUAUGGAAUGCACCUGUACAUCAUCAAAUACUAAUUCAGAUUAUAGAGAAGAAGAAACUGGCGAGACCGAGGCAUGGAGAAAAGACUGUGCAAGGUCAUACAGCAAGGCUGUGGCAGAACCAGGGAUAGGACUCAGAUCUGAGUGCUCAUCCAGUGCCCUAAAUCACACGACCAUCUUCCCUUUCCAAGAGUGAAUCCUUGCACCCUUAGAGCUAAAUACUGAAAAGAUUGAGGGCCUCCUCUCGUCCUUGGACCCAGUUUGCACAUCUCCUCCAGCCACAGCCGGACCGGCUGAAUGAACUCCUGCUCUCCUCUGGCCUUAGGAACAAUGGCUUUCAUCAUCCCCACCAGACUGCAGAGCACUUUAAGGAUGAAAGGGCUUCUCAUUUCAUAUAUCCUACUGCUGCUAGAACUAUAAAUCAUCAAUGGACUGAAUUUAUAGCCAACUGCUACUGCAAGUGAGUGAAAUUUAUUUUGUGUUGUCAUAUGUAUGGUCAAACUGUCCAAGAAGUUGCCAAACAAAGAACUGAGCUGCUGAUGGGCAACCCACUCAAUCUAUUCUCAUUUUAUUUAAAAAUAAUAAAUAGCUAUCAAUCAAAAGAACUUAUUUUGACAUGUGCUACCUGUUGAGUGUUCCUCAGUAUGUCUGGGAUAUGUCCAUAAAUGGAAGAAAACUGCCAGCUGUUACCAGGUCCAGCAGAUAUUACAUGGAUUUCCACCAAAAAAAGGUUUGUGGGCUCACUAGGGUUGCGGACAGGUUAAGGGCCAUCUCCUUUUUUAGCACAACUUACUGUUCUGAGAGUGUUUGCUCAGGUAGCAGGUGUGCACAGAGGCCACAUCCAGCCACACUGACCUCUGCUUGAAUCAAUGGCAAAUCUGCAUUGACCUGUAUACAGCAGUGGUCCUUCUUCUGUCUCACAGUUUGAUGGCAGGUGGAUUUUUUGUGGAUCUUUGGGGUCUGGAAAGCUGGCCUAUGUUUAUUUUGGUGCCUUGUGAUGGUGACGAGCUAAAAAGGAGAUAGUAGAAACUCUUCAAGUUGCAGGGGUCUGAAUCAUGCAUUUCUGUAUGAUUUUCUUACAGAGCGAACAAGCCUGAAAGGUCAUUUUUGUGUUUUACCCAGGCUCAUUAAUGAUAGCUGGGGGUGUUGGGAGCUGCCUUUCCCUGCUUGCUCCUGUUGUCCUGCCCAAUUCAAUCCCUGCAGCCUCCCACCCCCUUUAUGGCCACAUCUGGAGUGUCUCCCUGCACACGUGCUGGUAGGAGCCUCCACCCUGCCAGCACACACAUUGUGGCUUUUUGGUGUCCGUGGAGUUCUAGGCAUCUUUCCCCACACUUGUUUUUGCGUGAGAGGGAAAGAGAGAAGGGGCACGGGAAGGGCAGUGGCAGAGAAGGCCUCUGACAUGGAAUUCCCAGGAACAGGAUUUGCACAUUUUAUGACCGUUCAGAUGGAAAUGCAACGGAGCUGAAUUAUUCCUCCUUAAUCCUGCUUUCUCACUUUCCUCCCAGCAGCCUCUUCCCCUCCAGUUUAGGUAAUACAGAAGCUUAUAAACAAAUCCCCCCGCGUGAAAAAUAGCAAAGCCGGGGGAAAAAAAGGACCUGGGUUAGGGCUGUGAUGGAUAGACAGGUGGAAGGCAGGCACCAGAAGGGAGGAUGAAUGGUAAAAGCCUUUGAUGGAAACACUAAAGAGCUAUUGAAAAUCCAAGGGGUAGGGGGAGGGAGGAGAAAGAAUAGCAGGAGGAGGGAAAGCAAGGCAGCCGUGCCCCCGUCCCCCCGCCCUCUUUCUCAGGAUGUUGAAAGUAUUUGUCCUUCGUUACAAAAUGAUUGAACUGCCGCCAGGCCAGGCCACCCUUCCAGCCAUUGCACUGGGAAACUGGCACUUCUGAAAGCCUCGUCGCCUCUCAAAUUUUAUAGCUUUCCCUUUUUGUGGGAGUUUUUGUGUUGUGCUGUUUGCAGGAUUGUUUUCAGAUUUGCCGCAUAUCAAAGAAACUAUAUUUUGUUGCUCUGACGAACACAGAAUCCAGGUAAUGAAAAGAAGAAUUUAAAAAAUAAAGGCCCAUUUUUUUAUCAGAA